CGAGGUCUGACCCUAAGGCUUCUCAUCUUCCAAAUUUGCCCCCGGGUCUGUGAGGUGUCGCCUCCUGAAAUAGCCUGACAGAGAGUAUAAAGAGCUCUGCAGGGAGCACUGGCCUGCAGAUGAACAGCUCCACUGCUGAUACCUACACAGAGGAGACACACCAGAGAGACUCACUGAGAAGAACUGCCUUAUCCUCCUGCUGAAGAAGGACUGAUCUCAAGAAAUCGACUGAUACUUUUUAAGACUUAAAGAAGUCUGGGCUUUAUUUGACUUCAACUUUUGACUUUCUUUUUGACACAACUAAGGAAACCCCACCACAAACCAGGAUGAAGUACUAUCAGUGCCCAGUGACCCAGGCCAUUGUAAUCAAGUCUUGUGUCAAAGACCUUGGACUUCCAGUCAGCUGCAAGAGCGAAGCUCUGAAACCAGUUCGCAAUGUUCACUUCCCACACGAUAUCGUGUUCCAAGACUAUGUGAGACGAGGAGAGUUGGAGUGGAUCGGGCGCUUCAUAAGAGCCAGAAGAGUCAGCCUGGACACAAUCUACCACUCUGGUGAGAGCAGCCUUUCAUCAGCCUGGUCCAUAAGGUUCUACUAGAUAAGUCUGGCUUUCUUUAUUAUAUAGGUUGUACUCAUUUGUCUUCCAACGUUGUCUCUACAUAGGCAUGGCUGCUAUCCAUGAGGCUGUCCUGUCUGGGAACUUGGAGUGUGUGAAGCUGCUGGUCAAACUUGGAGCAGAUAUCCACCAUAGAGACGAGGAGCAGUGGACUCCACUACACAUGGCCUGCAGUGACGGCUUCCCAGACAUUGCACGGUAAGCAUCCACUCUUCUUUGUUAUCUUAAUCCAGAGCACGAGGAAGCCGCUUCUCGAACAGUGACUAUUAUGUGAUAACAGAAAAUGACAAAUUACAAAUAGUGGACUCUGUUUAACACAUAGAUACAGCCUCUUGACCUGAAGAGUGUAGCCAUGCACUGUUGCCUCAACUAGCAAUCUUCUUAAAGGGUCAGCCCUACUUGCAAUUGAGAAACUGACCCCACUUUGAUUAGUUUGUUUCCUUAAAAAUAAUGUAUGCAUUUAAGUCUCAUUUACUCAAUUCUCCUUAAAUACAUAUGUUGUUCAAUACUUAAAUCAUAAGAGCCAAAGUGAUGUUGCAUCAAACUGUGGCUUUAUUUUAAAUCAACUAUUUGUCUUUAAAGCUUGUUCAGUCAAAAUUAACAAUAUAGUAUCAUAUUGACCUUAAAAUACCAGUAUGAAUGCACCUUUCUCAAUAAGCAAGCAAUCAAAUUAACGAUUCAGCACUUAGUCCUCUCUAGCUCCAAUCUCUUGUCCAAAUAAAACCACUAUAGCCGAAACAACCAGAGCCAAAAGGACAAAUAUAAGGCCUUAAAAACCAAAGUGACAAACAGUGGUAACAUUUUCUGUGUUUUGUACAUAAUGAUAGCAAAGUGGCUACCUAUUACGCAUUAUACUUAGGAGCUGAGUCUGGCUAAUGAUACAGAAGCAGCAAAUAUUUUGCACCCAGAAGCUUCUGAUCGUACAAGACAGAAUAAGGACAUAAGUGUAUUGAUUGGUGGUAUAAAAAAUGCUUAAACUCUACACCUUCAGGAAACAAAUGUGUUGUAACUUUUUGUAUCUAUAAGUAGAAAGCCACUGGUAUGACAUGUUUAAACAUAUUUGAGCACAUAUCAGUGUACACACAUGCGUAAGCGCCUCUGCUUUCCUACGCCACAGAGGUAAGAGAAGCUGGAAGAUCUGCUGCAUUCCUGCACCUCGCUGACCUCCCUGACACUGAAGAAUUGCAGACAUUUGCAUUGAGAUUUGACUCUUUUCAGUAACCAUGGCUGUUUUGUGUUUCUUCCAGCUACCUCCUCUCUCUGGGUGCUGACCCUGAACUGGAGAACGAGUGCGGGGAGAGGCCUGCUGACCUCAUUGAACCAGACAACAGGGAGCUGCUGGAACUCUUUGGGCUGGCUGCCAAUGACUGAAAACAUAAAGUUAUGAGAGCCAAGAACUCUUCUGCAUCCAGCUGCCCAGUCAGAAGGCUGUUCUGCAGUUACAGACAGAAUAAAAAAGGAUCCAGCAUCCUGGUUUUGUGAGCUGCUUCAGCUCUGGAGGUCAAGGACUCUGGAUGUGAGGGGCAAGGGGGGGGCCCUCAGAGCCUGAAGGCUGCCUCCUGAAUGGAGUGGAUUUUGGCAGGUGGCAGGGACUUGCUUCCGAUCUCCAGUAGAUCCUGAUCUCCAGAUUUACUGCGUCCUUGUAGAGAUCAAGAACGUUUUACACUGUAGUGAAAUGCCCGAGCCAAAUGAUGUGAAGCUGUUAGUUUUAUAUGGCAUGUUGCUGGGAUUAGGAGGGCUUCUGAAUGUUGUGAAACCUGAAACUGUUGUUGACGGUUUGCUCAUUAGUGCCUUGCUGUCAGCUAAAAUUAGUAGAAGCAGACACCCUUCUGUUGCUUGCCGUAGAAGCUAAAGUGCUUUUUGGUUAUGAAUCAAAACUCCAGUUUUUUUUUCUUUUUUUUUAAUGUUAGUUUUAGAAGACUGUAAACUGUAAAUAUGUUGUUAUGAAACUUUUUAUACUUUUUGAAAUAAACUUUAUCACAAAAUUU